GUGAAAAUCGUUUUGAACUUCCCGGGAAACUACAGACGAAUCAAAGCUGGCCACCUGUCACCGCAAACUCCUGUCUCGUCCCGGCGACGAAUCUCGACUACUACUUCAUAACUUAUUCUCCCGCCGUUUCAAAACGCGGCGGCUCUCGACACUGCAAUGUUUGAAAAACGUGGAAGAACAAGGACAAGGGAGAAAAGUGACCAGCUUGAGUGGAUUCUUCUUCUCGCUCUCAGACCAUUGGAGCCCGGAAGUAUCUUCCUUUCAUCAGAACGGUUUCUCUCAGAUCAGUAACGAAACCACGGGAAGAGCUGUUCACGCGCUAUGCGUCAAGGGACUGGUUCGUACGAGUGUUCUCCACAUCAACACUUUGAUCAACAUGUACACGAAGUUCGGCCGAGUCAAACCCGCGCGCCACCUGUUCGACGAAAUGCCUGUGAGAAACGAAGCUUCUUGGAACACCAUGAUGUCGGGACUCGUCCGUGUCGGGUUGUACAGGGAAGGGGUUGGCUUUUUCCGGGGGAUGUGUGGUCUCGGUGUUAGGCCGAGUGGGUUUGUGAUUGCUAGUUUGGUUACAGCUUGUGGUCGGGAAGGUUGUAUGUUGAGAGAAGGGGUUCAAGUUCACGGCUUUGUGGUUAAGUAUGGUUUGAUUUCUGAUGUUUACGUGAGUACUGCUGUUUUGCAUCUGUACGGGGUUUAUGGGUUGGUUUCGUGUUCGAGGAAAGUCUUUGAGGAGAUGCCCGUGAGAAAUGUGGUGUCUUGGACUUCGCUGAUGGUUGGUUACUCGGAUAAGGGUGAGCCGGAGGAAGUGAUUGAUAUCUUUAAAGGUAUGAGGGGAGAAGGAGUUGGGUGUAAUGAAAAUUCCAUGUCUUUGGUAAUCAGUUCAUGCGGGUUGCUUAAAGAUGAAUCAUUGGGGCGUCAGAUUAUUGGACAGGUUAUCAAGUCAGGACUGGAGAGCAAGCUGGCAGUGGAGAAUGCGCUUGUAUCCAUGUUUGGUAACCUGGGAAACGUUGACUGUGCAAAGUACAUUUUUGAUCAAAUGUCUGAACGUGACACUAUUUCAUGGAACUCGAUUGCUGCAGUAUAUGCUCAGAAUGGGCACUGUGAGGAAACGCUUUGGGUGUUCCAUUUGAUGCGUCACUUUCAUGAUGAAGUGAAUUCCACCACCGUGUCAACUCUGUUAUCAGCUUUGGGUCAUGUAGAUUACCAAAAAUGGGGUAGAGGAAUCCAUGCGCUGGUUGUGAAAAUGGGCUUUGAUUCGGUUGUCUGCGUGUGCAAUACUCUUUUGAGAAUGUACGCAGGUGCUGGGAGAUCAGAAGAAGCAGAGUUGGUGUUUAAACAAAUGCCUGCUAAAGAUUUGAUCUCAUGGAACUCUUUGAUGGCUUGUUUUGUCGAGGAUGGGAGGAGCUUAGAUGCUUUAGGGCUUCUCUGCUCGUUGAUAAGGAUUGGAAAAUCAGCAAACUAUGUAAGUUUUACAAGCGCAUUGGCUGCUUGCUUUAGUCCUGAGUUUCUUGAUAAAGGCAGGAUCCUUCAUGGGCUUGUAAUGGUCACCGGUUUAUUCGACAAUCAGAUUAUUGGUAAUGCAUUAGUUUCUAUGUAUGGAAAGAUAGGCAAGAUGAGCGAAUCCAGACGGGUGUUACUACAGAUGCCCAGACGAGAUGAAGUGGCUUGGAAUGCUCUUAUUGGUGGUUAUGCUGAGGAUGAAGAUCCUAACAAGGCACUGGAGGCUUUUCGAACUAUGAGAAUGGAAGGUGUUCCUGCAAAUUAUAUCACAGUGGUAAGUGUUCUUGGUGCUUGCUUAACGCCCAGUGAUUUGCUUGAACAUGGGAAGCCAUUACACGCCUACAUAGUAUCUGCUGGAUUUGAAUCGGAUGAACACGUGAAAAACUCGCUUAUCACUAUGUACGCAAAAUGUGGUGAUUUAAGCUCGAGUCAUGACCUGUUUAAUAGAUUAGAGAAAAGGAAUAUUAUCACGUGGAAUGCUAUGCUUGCGGCAAAUGCUCACCACGGUCAUGGAGAAGAGGUGCUAAAACUCGUUUCAGAGAUGAGAAGCGUUGGAUUGAAUCUAGACCAGUUUAGUUUCUCUGAGGGACUCUCCGCUGCCGCGAAGCUAGCUGUACUAGAGGAAGGCCAACAGCUUCACAGUUUAGCUGUAAAACUCGGGUUUGAACAAGAUUGUUUCAUCUUCAACGCUGCUGCGGACAUGUAUAACAAAUGCGGGGAAAUAGACGAAGCGGUGAAAAUGCUUCCACCAUCUGUCAAUAGAUCACUUCCCUCGUGGAACAUACUGAUAUCAGCUUUUGGAAGACACGGCUACUUCGAGAAAGUGUGCGAGACUUUCCAAGAGAUGCUGGCAAGUGGAGUCAAACCAGGUCAUGUAACAUUUGUCUCUCUUCUUACAGCGUGUAGCCAUGGAGGAUUAGUAGACCAAGGCCUUGCGUAUUACGACAUGAUUGCUAGAGAUUUCGGUAUAAAACCGUCGGUUGAACAUUGCGUUUGUGUAAUAGAUCUUCUUGGAAGGUCAGGGAGGUUAGCAGAAGCUGAAACAUUUAUAUCUAAUAUGCCAAUGAAACCAAACGAUCUGGUGUGGCGUAGUUUGCUAGCUUCCUGCAAAAUCCACGGGGAUUUGGACCGUGGGAGAAGAGCAGCGGAACAACUCUCGAAGCUUGAACCAGAGGAUGAUUCUGUUUAUGUCCUGUCUUCAAAUAUGUUCGCAACAACAGGGAGAUGGGAAGAUGUAGAGAGUGUGAGAAACCAAAUGGGUUUCAAGAACAUCAAGAAGAAACAAGCUUGCAGUUGGGUGAAACAAAAAGACAAAGUGAGUAAGUUUGGUAUCGGUGACAGAACUCAUCCGCAAACGUUGGAGAUAUACGAGAAGCUGGACGACAUCAAGAAGCUGAUCAAAGAAUCUGGGUAUGUAGCGGAUACAAGCCAGGCGUUGCAAGACACGGAUGAGGAACAGAAAGAGCAGAAUCUUUGGAAUCAUAGCGAAAGACUCGCUCUUGCUUACGCCUUGAUGACUACUCCUGAAGGCUGUACGGUUAGAAUCUUUAAGAACCUUCGCAUAUGUAGUGAUUGCCACUCUGUUUACAAGUUUGUUAGUAAAGUCAUAGGACGUAGGAUCGUGUUGAGAGAUCAGUAUCGGUUUCACCAUUUUGAGAGUGGUGUGUGUUCUUGUAAGGAUUACUGGUGACAGAGAAGCUUGAUUACAGUAUAGUUUACAAAGUUCUACUCAUUUGUUUGUAUUUAAAUUCUUCUGCAGUAUUGUCUCUGACAUUGAAUUUAACUUCAGAAGGAUAACUGUUGAAGUUUGAGGACAGUUGUUUUAUUAUAAGGAAUCAAUUAACAUUAUU